AUGAGCUGCCAUGUCCUUUUCAUCAAUGCAACGACGCGGUGGGGACAGGAGCAAGCACGAGUAAUUCCGUCCGUUGCACGCAGCGCCCUCGUUCAUGGCGGCGAGGGCGUAAACCGGCGCUUCCGGCGCGAAUCGGCGUCCACAAGUUGCGAUCGCACACGCUGCGACACUGUUGAUGGUAACUCAUCUCUGGUUUGCGAGUUGCGCAAGCUGUGUGUGACUCGGGUUCUCAGCGAAGGUAGACACUCAGCCAACGGACCAGCUUCGCGCGAUGUAUUCGAGACCACAGGCACCGAUGGAAGCGAUUUGCAGGUUGAAGACACAAACGCUCUCCAUGAAUUUGGGCAAAAGAGAGGUAGUUCCCAAAAGGAACGAUCCAGAGCUAAUGAAGGUUUUGUCGUCAGAGCAAAACCUCACACUAACGGAUGUGGUUGCGAUGUUUGCAUGAAACUUCGCAGCUUAAUCAAAGCUGCAAAGCCCGACAACAACAACACUGCAGUGUCCAAGAGUGCCAUAUUUGUCUGCUUCGACGGCGGCUUUGUCAUCGGCAAGCAGCAGCAGAAACAUCAUGUCUCAGGUUGUCAUUGUCCUAACUGUAACCAUCUGCGUUUUCAACGAGACACCGGGCAAGUUGAUUGCAUCACGGUGCCUUCAAAAGUCCUUCAUGCCAUGAUAGGCAAAGCGCAGUGUAACCAAAAUGUUUUCAGCGAACGAACUGAGGCCCGACGCCGCGCCAAGAUUGGCGCUGCAAAUAAGGGCAAACCGGCAUGGAAUAAAGGAAAGAAGCACACACCUGAGACGAUCGCCAAGAUUAGAGCAAACACUGCAAUAGCGAUGCAAAAUCCCCAGGUUAAACAGCGAAUGCGAGCAGCAGCAGCGAAGACAUUCCAUAGUGACACGACUAAGAUUAAGAUUCGACGAACAGUGCGCGACAAGGCACACCAGAAGAUGCAGGCGAGGAACGAGGCCAAGGCUCGUGCACUUGGCGUUCGCAGAGGAAAAGUAGGUAUUUGUACGAUUGGCAUGCAUGCACGACGUAUUAGCAGUGUCCAACGAGUGAAUUUUGGGACGUGGACAAAACACGCAUGGGAAAACAGAUCAAAAAGGAAACAUCAUUUCAGCAGGGCAGCGAGGACCGAUGAAAACAAUCUAGCACAGAAAAUGACACCUAGAUUUGUGGAGAAACGCAAAGAGUCUCGCUCGAAUCGCGGCGUACCGAAAUCUGCACAGCAUAAAGCUGCCAUAUCCGCGGCGCUCAAGGCGAAAUGGAAUGACCCGAAAUAUGUCGCUAGCCAAAAAAGAGCGAACAGCGUGCGCACAAAAAAUGUGGACAAGGCAACGACCGAAAGAAAUUCCACGCAAAGCAUGGCAGUGUCAUCGAAGGACAGAAACGACACAGUUACUUCAAAACGCCACGCUCUCUUGAAGGAGAUGAAAGAAAUUUACAUGAAGGCUGUAUUGGCUGUCAGGACACUGCAAGAGCAAAAAGCUGCUGGCGUUGAUGUGGAUGAGGCGAUGCUGAAAAAGGCUCUUUCUGCGGUAGCUCAGACGCGACAAGUUCUUGCCUCAGUCUCCCUCGAUGACUCAGUAGACUUUAUUUCUUCUGGACAUAAACCCCUGAGGGCAAAACACGAAGAUGUCAGACAGCAAGUGAGUUCAAGAGAAGCCAAGUGCAAAACAUCAUCAAAAAUCAGCUGA